CUCAGAGUGCGAUGCGGACUCUGGUCUCGACGAGCAGGAGGAGGAGCAGCCGUGGGCCCGACGUCGGGCUCGAUCCGACAUCUUGUUGUCGCUGGUCCGAGGAGGAGGGAUCGAGCGCCCAGCGCAGGGCGUUUGGCCGGGGCCGGACCGAGACGCGGAUUUCGCUGGCGAUUGCAGCAAAGGAUCGAAGAAUUUCGUUUUGUUUUUUGGUUUUUCGAUUCGAGUGGCGAUGCCGACGAGGUCGAUCGAGAGAGUUUUAUGUGUGCACUGGACAGUGCUCCACAAUUCGUUCUGGACUUCAUCGUGUUUGGAUGGGAAGGCCGGCGGUGAAGCAAGCCAGUCCGAUUAGCAAUGCUGAUUUGUUGUGAUUUUGGUAGGCAUCCGACAUCGAGUCGGUUUGCAGCUGCUUCCUUGCAUCCUUGCCUCUUUCCUCCGGCCUUCCCUCCGCUCGCUGCAAGAGUGCCCGGUUGGAUAACUUGAUUUGCGCGUUGCUGGACCUGGGCUUGCUCAGGGGGACGGAUGUCAGCAAGGAAACCAACGCACUCUGUCGAACUGCGACAAUUUACGCAUUGCAGGCAAACGGGGUAGUGGGUUCACAGCCACGCGCACAUACGUGGGGAAGGAGUUUUAGGCAGAAACGCAGACCACUUUGCGAAAUGAGAAAGUUGUUGCUCCGGACACGAAGUAGAGAGGACACGGAAAAAGAACCGGUUUUACCGUAGAGAAUCAAUGUUAGUGAUCGGCGGUAGGAUAUUAUCUUUUGACAGCGGAAUUGACAGCACUCGCAGGAGGUUACCAGCGUUUCGCCUGGAAAUUCGAGAGCCGGAGUGGGAGUGAGGGUUCUCAUCUCAAAUUUGAGCUAGUUUCCCCAAAGUCGCGGAGUAGUUGAUAUAUAGCUUGGCAAUGUCGAGUGCAGACAUGGUGUCAGGAAGAUACGGCUGGAUGGCCGAAUGACGCUUGCUGCAGUACGUAGUUCUAAGUUUCUGCCACAGACGUCAGUCCGUGAAUCGUGAGCGGGCUGCGGCCAUCAGACUGGGGACCGCAACCGACCGUUGCAGGAUUUUACCGAGUUGUGGACCUCUGGUUUCGCCCAACGAGCAGUGCUUCGGAUGCAUGAAUUCACUCGAGAGUUACGUGCUGGUCUUCACAGUCAAGCAAGCACAAGUCAAGUGUUCGGUGUUUACAUUGCUCCUCGGAUAAGAAGAUUCACUUUGUUCGAGGAAAAUUUAAGAAUACCCUCGGCGUUAUCCACGCGUGAUGGUCAUCAGUAGGGUUACCAUCGUGACUUAGUGUCCGCACUCUCGGCCAGUCCACUUGAUUGUGUUUUUCCUUUCUCGGAGAACGCGGUGUACGUUUGUACUUCUCGUAUAAUGGGCUGCUUCAGCUCGAAGCAAGAGAAACAGACGCCUGGAUUCCAGGAUCCCGUCGCGCUUGCGCAGGAGACAAUAUUCAGUGUCAGCGAAGUGGAGGCGCUAUACGAGUUGUUCAAAAAACUUAGCAGCACUGUCGUCGAUGACGGUUUAAUCCAUAAGGAAGAGUUUCAACUUGCGCUAUUCAAGAACAGCAAGCGAGAGAGCUUGUUUGCAGAUCGGGUGUUUUAUCUCUUCAACACGAAGCAAAACAAUGUCAUCGACUUUGGGGAGUUCGUAAGAGCUCUUAGCGUCUUCCAUCCAAGUGCUCCACCAGAGGACAAAAUUGAAUUCGCUUUCAGGCUUUUUGACCAGAAAAGGACUGGUUUCAUCAACCGGGAGGAGGUCAAGCAGAUGCUCAUAGCUCUCCUUUCCGAAUCGGAUAUGACGCUGGCAGAUGAUGUGAUUGAGACCAUUCUUGACAAGACAUUUGCGGAGGCAGAUACCAAGAACGAUGGAAAAAUUGACAAAGACGAAUGGAGAACUCUCGUCAUGAAGCACCCUAGUUUAAUGAGAAACAUGACUCUUCCUUACUUGAAGGAUAUUACAACGUCAUUUCCCAGUUUCGUGUUCCGUUCUGAAGUGGACGAUUCGAAUACUUGAAGUAAAAGACGCCCUCCCAUGUAAGUAAUGUUUGUGAGAGAAACUGUAAACUAGGAUUUGUAGGAAGCUUGACUUUUCAAGCAGCAAAUAAACAACUACCUAUGUAUUUAGCCAUGUUUCCGUAGCUAGUAGCUAUUGGCAUCAAGUAAGUAUAACAGUUGCAUAUGGCCUACUCGCUCAGUUCAAUAUCUCAUUUACGUGAAUAAAUUAGGUAAGGAAUUCAGCAUACUCAAUCUAUUGUUGGCUCAGGAACUUCCAUUUUGUACAAUGCAUAUGGAAUUUAUUAUAGAUUUAUAUCAUAGGUUUUUACGACC